AUGGCUUCACCACUCUUUGAAAGGGGCCUUGCUUGGCUUCCAUAUUUCGUCGUCGCCCUCUUUGCUUGGUUCAUUCUCUCUUCUCUUUUCUCUUGGUAUCGUCUUCGACAUAUACCAGGUCCUUUCUUUGGUAAAUUUUCAUAUCUUUGGUUAGCAUACAUCACCAUCACCGGAGCACAGCAUAAUCACUUGGUCAACCUCAAUCGACGCUACGGACCCAUUGUCAGAGUCGGUCCAAAUGAGGUCUUGGUCGAUGACCCAGACUUGGUCCGAAGAGUCUCAAGUACUAAGAAUACAUACACCAAAGGAAACUGGUAUCUCGGCGCCAAAUUCAAUCCUUAUCACGACCCCAUGAUGCAGAUAACAGACCCAGUCCAACACGAUCACCUCAAAGCCAAGCUAUCUCCCGCUUACAGCGGACGCGACGCUCCCAAUCUCGAAGCCGUAGUCAACAGGCAGGUCGGCAGUUUGAUUCAGCUAAUCAAGGAGAAAUACAUCUCUAGACAAGGAGAUUAUCGUCCAAUGGAGGGAGCCAGAGUGACACGCCUUUUUACACUCGAUGUCAUAUCGAAUCUGUCUCUUGGUAAAGAAUUCGGCUAUCUCGAGGCCGACUCUCAUUUCCACGGGAUAGUCAAGGCGCUCAAUGAGCAUCUGAUGGUCAUGACGCUCGCAACAGAUAUUCCAUGGCUGAGAAACUUGGUCUUUUCGCCUACGUUUCUGAAGCUAUUUGGACCGACUGAGAAUGAUACAAAGGGGAUUGGCCAGUUGAUGAAAGUCGCGAAUACAGCUGUUCGCGAUCGAUAUGCUCCCGGAGCGGAUGAGCAGCAUGACAUGCUGGGCUCGUUCAAGAGACAUGGUUUGCGACUGGAGGAGUGUCAGACUGAAUCUUGUUUCAUGUUUUUGGCGGGAUCAGAAACUACCGCCACCGUGAUACGGGUUAUUCUUCUCUACAUUGUCUCCUCGCCUCACAUAUAUCAGCGCCUUCGACAAGAUAUCACGGAGGCGGUCUCUGAAGGUCGAGCUUCGAAUCCAAUCACAGACAUUGAGUCUCGCCAAUUACCUUAUCUCCAGGCAGUAAUUUACGAAGGUAUCCGAAUCCGUCCAGUUACAACAGGCAUGUUCUUCAAAGACGUCCCUGCUAGCGGAGAAACCAUGCACGGAAAGUAUUUUCCACCUGGUACAUCAAUUGGUGUCAAUACAUCUUCUCUCCUACGAUCGGAAGCACUCUUCGGACCUGAUCCUCAAGUCUUCAGGCCAGAGAGAUAUCUUGAAGUCGAUAAAGAGACGAGUGCUCAGAUGAAGCGGGAUGUUGAGAUUGUGUUUGGUUAUGGGCGGUGGAUGUGCGCUGGAAAGCCUAUUGCGUUUAUGGAGCUGAACAAGGUUAUUUUUGAGCUUCUUAGGGUUUUUGAUUUUCAGCUCGUUGAGCCUGAAGUGGCGAUGAAGUCGGAAAGCUAUAUGGUGUUCCAUGACCAAAGUCUGCUACUGAGGGUUACAGAAACAGAUCAUGAAUAG